GAGCCUGGUCCCAAGCCCCGGCAUCCCCGACGCAGCGGCAGCCACCGUCGCACAGCAGAAGGAGCCCAGCGCUGGCCGCGGCCGCCGGCCCCGCUUCCAGCCCGGGGUGCCAGCGCAGACCAUGAUGGACCUGAAGGUGGACGAGGAGGAGGUGGACAGCGGGCAGCCCGUGAGCAUCCAGGCCUUCGCCAGCAGCUCCACCCUGCACGGGCUCUCGCACAUCUUCUCCUACGAGCGGCUGUCGCUGAAGCGCGUGGUCUGGGCUCUGUGCUUCCUGGGCUCGCUGGCGCUGCUCACCCUCGUCUGCACCAACCGCAUCCAGUAUUACUUCCUGUACCCCCACGUCACCAAGCUGGACGAGGUGGCCGCCACCAGGCUCACCUUCCCCGCCGUCACCUUCUGCAACCUCAAUGAGUUCCGCUUCAGCCGCGUCACCAAGAACGACCUGUACCACGCCGGGGAGCUGCUCGCCCUGCUCAAUAACAGAUACGAGAUCCCGGACACGCAGAGCGCCGACGAGAAGCAGCUGGAAAUCCUACAGGACAAGGCGAACUUCCGGAACUUCAAGCCCAAACCUUUCAACAUGCUGGAGUUUUACGACCGCGCCGGUCACGACAUCCGCGAGAUGCUGCUCUCCUGCUUCUUCCGUGGGGAGCAGUGCACCCCAGAAGACUUCAAAGUGGUCUUCACCCGCUAUGGGAAGUGCUACACCUUCAAUGCGGGGCAGGACGGGAAGCCCCGGCUCAUCACCAUGAAGGGGGGCACUGGCAACGGCCUGGAGAUCAUGCUGGACAUUCAGCAGGAUGAAUACCUGCCAGUGUGGGGGGAAACAGAUGAGACCUCGUUUGAAGCUGGGAUCAAGGUGCAGAUCCACAGUCAGGAUGAGCCCCCACUGAUCGACCAGCUGGGCUUCGGGGUAGCUCCCGGCUUCCAGACCUUCGUGUCCUGCCAGGAGCAGCGGCUCAUUUACCUGCCACCUCCCUGGGGCGACUGCAAGGCCGUGGCGGGCGACUCGGAGUUUUAUGACACCUACAGCAUCACCGCCUGCCGCAUCGACUGCGAGACGCGCUACCUGGUGGAGAACUGCAACUGCCGCAUGGUGCACAUGCCAGGCGAUGCCCCUUACUGCACCCCGGAGCAGUACAAGGAGUGUGCGGAUCCGGCCUUAGAUUUCCUGGUGGAAAAGGAUAAUGAGUACUGUGUCUGUGAGAUGCCCUGCAAUGUGACCCGCUAUGGCAAAGAGCUCUCCAUGGUGAAGAUCCCCAGUAAAGCCUCUGCCAAGUACCUGGCCAAGAAGUACAACAAGUCGGAGCAGUACAUCGGGGAGAACAUCCUGGUGCUGGAUAUCUUCUUCGAAGCCCUGAACUAUGAGACCAUUGAGCAGAAGAAGGCAUACGAGGUGGCUGGUUUGCUGGGUGACAUUGGAGGGCAGAUGGGGCUGUUCAUUGGGGCCAGCAUCCUCACAGUCCUGGAGCUGUUCGACUAUGCCUAUGAGGUCAUAAAGCAUCGGCUGUGCCGGCGGGGCAAGUGCCGCAAGAACCACAAGAGGAGCAACACGGACAAGGGCGUCGCGCUGAGCAUGGACGAUGUGAAACGCCACAACCCCUGUGAAAGCAUACGUGGCCACCCGGCAGGCAUGACGUACGCAGCCAACAUCCUACCUCACCACCCGGCCCGGGGCACCUUUGAGGACUUCACCUGCUAACCGACGCCUGGAUGUACAACCUGAGCUACCAAAGCCCUCCGGAGAGCUGCCCUUCCUCCCUGCCAGCGCCAGCAGAGAGACACAUCUAAGGGGACCUUGCUCCUCGACACGGUGGGACACGGACAAGAGCCACAGCCUCGGCUUUGGGGGCCGGCAGCCGGGUCGGGUCACGCAGCCCCUUGGGGCAGCUGCUCCGUGCCUGCCCCGUGAGUUCAGAGACUUGAGGAUGCUCCAGCCCGGCCACCCUUGUGGUGUGGGGAGCGACACGCACAGCGGGCUGGGGCCUGGCCCCCCCCUCGGCUCCCCUCGGCCUUUUUAACUAGAACCCAGAAGCCAAGAAGAAGCAGCCGUUUGGCCGCACUCUCCAUCCACAGCCCUGUCUGUCCGUCCAUCGCCUCCAUGCUCAUCCUGCUCCAACGCCCUGGCUGGUGCUUGCUG